AUGACAAUCUUAUCGGCGCUAUCUUUAUCGGUAGAUAAAAAUGAAAAGAAAAAUAAAAGACGUUGUGUUUUGUCACACGGAAAAAAAGGAGGUGAGUGGAGAAAAUUAUUGUAUGGAAUAAAACUCGUGACUUUAUGUCGGCGACGACACGUGUGUCGGAGUUGCGGUGCACCUGCUCCAAACUCUUCAUCAUCAUCAUCAUCAUCAUCAUCAUCAGCAGCAGCAGCAGCUUCCAGUCUCCCGAGCCCGUUACCAAGCCCGGAAACUCUCAAGCUGGAUUGCAGACUGAACCACUUGCAGGAUAAAGAAGACAACUAUGACGUGAGAUUAGGGUGCUGCUACUCCCGGCUAAGAAGUCACCAGCUCCACGAUCAUCACAGUCAUCAUCACCAUCGUCAUCACCAGGGAGGUUAUCUCGAUCUAGAUGCUGACAAUCAGAGCAGACAAGAGUCGUCUUCCUCGAGGCAUACUGCCUCCUCGGACAACCGGUUACUCCAGGACUCCUCUGAUGACUCUCUCACUAGGAUAACGGGGCUAAGGACGACUUCUACCACUAUUCCGACGAUAUCUUCUUCGAAACGGGACUUUACUAUUAAUUAUAAUAAUAAUACUAAUAUUAAUAAUAAUAAUAAUAAUAAUAAUAAUUAUAAUUAUAAUAAUAAUAAUAUAGAAUGUGGUAAUGUUGAAAUAAAUAAUAGUAAACAAAUUUUACAAACGAGACAAAGAACAAGAAGAGAAACAUGUCGAGACACGAAUAGAACUGUUGAUACUAUACAUAGAAGAAAUGGAAUUCCUUCGUAUUUAGCGACGAUAUUAUUGUUGUCAUAUGCCUUGUUUGGAAUAGCAGCCGAUAAUGUUUCCAUCGAUAGAGCAGACACGAAUGCCGAGCUGGAACGUCGAGCUGACGAGACUGGCCUCCGUCAACGAAGGGAAGCGCUCCAGUCAGUGAUCGAUUAA